AUGGCUGAUAGGCUUCAUGGAGCCCUCACUGAUAUUAUAUCUCCGAACCAAUCAGCCUUUGUCCCCUCAAGAUUGAUUUCAGACAAUGUUCUUAUGGCCCAUGAGAUGUUCCACUACAUCAAGAAGCGGAAAAAGGGAAGCAAAAAGCUCAUAUCCUUGAAGCUGGACAUGGAGAAGGCUUAUGAUUGCCUCGAAUGGAGUUUCAUUGAAGAAGUGUUGCUGAAAUUGGGCUUUCACACCAAGUGGAUUUCUUUAGUCAUGGCCUGCAUUAGAUCGGCUAGUUACAAACUCUUUGUCAAUGGGAACUUAAGCUUAAUGAAGUGUGCAACCUCAAGGAUUGCCUUGAUAUCUAUUGUGAGGCCAGUGGACAAGCCAUAA